GGUAGUACACAUAUCAAACAUGCCGAAAUAGUAUCGAUAGCUAGUGGUCUAGCGGUAAAUUAUGGACGAGUUUAACUAUUCAGCCUUGCAUUUAAAUAAACUCUUGGCCGAAGGGUGUUUUGGAAGUUUCAUAGGUUUAUACCAAUACUACGAUGAGUACGUCGUUAUUAAAAGUAUUCCUUACGAUAGUUCAGAUUAUGCGUACACGGCCGUUUUAAAAGAGCACACGAUUCUUUCCCAAAUUAGACAUCCACGAAUCAUACAAUAUAUGGGGUACUUUCAGACUUCCAGCAGCUGGAAUAUUGUGCUGGAGUUUGCAGAGCGAGGUAAUUUGGCUACGUUUAUAGAACGACGCUCGGCCGACCGAGCUUUUCUGAACCAACACACCGUGAUGGUGAAAUUUGGCGAUAUAGCAGACGGGCUUAUCUAUCUACAUCAGAGAAACGUUAUUCACCGUGACCUAAAGCCUGCCAACGUACUCAUCUGUGCGGACAAUCGAUUGAAAUUAGCCGAUUUUGGAAUCUCAAAAAUUAUGCACGAUGACGACUGCAACCGGACAAUUGUCGGAACACCUCUUUAUAUGGCACCCGAAGUGGCUUCCGGCAAAGACUAUGAUUACAAGAGCGAUGUAUGGGCGUUGGGCAUAAUUUUAUACGAACUGUGCAUGCUGGAACAUCCUUUCGUGAAGGCCGUCGCAACUGGACGGAAGCAGAAAUUUCGCGUGCCACAAAUUGAUUGGAAACGAUUUGGAUACUCUUCGACCAUGCAGCUGCUAUGUGAUAUGAUGAUACAGAAGGAUCUGACAAAGCGAUGGAAGUUGGAGGACAUUUUCAAGAAUUUUCACGUUCAACAAUUAAUCAAUCGUACGACCAUUUAGUAUAACUUUUCCCGUGUAUUUCACAUACUUCUCGA